UUUGUUGGGAAGGGCAUAGUAUACUGCAUAGCUCCAGAGGAAAACAUCUCUAACUUUACAGGGGCAACUAAACUACAGUUUCGCUCAUCCCAUCAACAUGUGCUCCUCUAAAGAACUUGAAUUUCCACAUAUACUUAAUGACUAUCAACAUGGAUUUUUAGUUUCAAAGACUAUAUUUUCAGCAUGUGAACUGGGAGUUUUUGAUUUACUACAUGAAGUACAGGAACCCAUUUCAGCAGCAACCAUUGCUGGUCGCUUGAGCACCACUGAAGAUGGAAUGGAGCGCUUGCUUGAUGUCUGUGUUGGACUGAAGCUUUUAAAAGUUGACUUGAAAAAUAACAAAGGUUAUUAUUCCAAUACCGAUGUUUCCACCAUGUACUUGGUAAAGUCCAGUCCUAAGACACUCUAUUACAUGGCGAUGUAUUUCUCUAAAGUCACAUAUAUGUGCUGGCACUUCUUACCACAGGCUGUAAGAGAAGGAAAAUGUCAGUAUGAAAGGGCUCUUGGGACCACUUCCAAGGACUUAUUUGAAACUGUUUACAGAUCAGAAGAGGAGAUGACAACUUUUUUGCAUUUUAUGGACUCAACAUGGAAUCUUUGUGGAAAAGAUAUUGUACAAGCUUUUGACCUCUCUGAGUUCCACACAGUCUAUGAUCUUGGAGGAUGUACAGGAAGUCUUGCAAAACAACUUGUAUCUAUAUAUAAGGAGUCAACAGUCACCAUUAUGGACCUGCCAAAAGUUGUGCAAGCAGCUAAGAAGCAUUUUGUAACAGAUAAGGAGCAGAAGAUACAUUUCCUUGAAGGAGACUUCUUUAAUGAUCCUUUACCUGAGGCAGACCUGUUUAUCGUCUCCAGGAUUAUUCAUGACUGGACAGAAGAAAAAUGCAUUAAACUACUGACGAAGAUGUAUCACUCUUGUAGACCUGGUGGUGGAGUGCUGAUAGUGGAAUUCCUUCUAAAUGAAGACAAAAGUGGGCCGGUGAUUUCCCAGUUGUAUUCACUAUACAUGUUGGUCCAGGCAGAAGGCAAAGAACGGACACCAUCUGAAUAUACCAAGCUCCUUACAGACUCUGGCUUCAGGGACAUUAAAGUCAAAGCAACUGAAAAGUUGUUUGGUGCAAUACUGGGAAGAAAGUAGAUCCAAGUGUCAUUGUCUUGCGAAACUGACUACAGUUUAUUACAAAUUAAUUAGUCAUUUAUUAUGUUAAUGCUGCAUCAAUAUAAAAAGUAAUGCUAUUUUAUUCUUUCACGCUUUGCUUUUUAGACUGAAACAUAUGCUAAACUUUAUAAUGUCUUUUCAUUGCAUUAAAAUAACUGAUAGGUGUGAUUUAAGCUGGAUUUCUUCACAUUUAAAAAAAUAAAUAAUUAUACACUUAA